AUGACGACUACUACGACCUACAACAUAUCUGAGACCAUGAACAGCACGGUGAACUUCACGGGGUUUCCCUGGGCCGCGGAGGACCCCGUCUACGUGAUCGUGAGACGGACGCAGACCGUCCUGCUCCCCAUCAUCAUCGUGGUGGGCAUCAUCGGCAACUCGCUGGCCGUGGGAUCGUUCCUGAGCAAGUCCCUGCGCAAGACGUCUUGCUGCCUGUACCUGGGCGCCAAGUCCGUGUCCGACAUCGGCUUUCUCGUGUCCCUCUUCAUCUUCUUCCUUCUGCGCGUGCACGUCACCCUCCUCAACCACCAGGGCGUCUGUCAGGUCACGGUGUUCCUCAUCUACUUCUGCCCGUUCCUCUCCAUCUGGCUCGUGGUGGUCAUCACGUUCGAGAACUGCAUCAGGAUAUCCCAGCCCGCGCUCGUGUCCACCAUCUGCACGACCGCAGUGGCCAAGAGGGUAAUCGUCGGCUACGUCGUCGUCGGUCUCGUCGUCUACAACUUCCCCUUCUGGACGACGCGAAUCGUCAACGGGCAGUGUGCGUCGGCGACGGAGCUGGAGCACAUCCAGAGAGCGUUCACGUACAUGGACACGUUCCUCACGCUUGUGUUCCCGCUGAUCAUCAUGCUGAUACUCGUGCCUCUCGUAGCUAUCAGCGCCCUCAGUGCCUUCAAGAGGAAGAAGAGGCUCGUCCAGGGACAGAAGCGGGUGAAGAAGAACAAGAAGGCCGCCGCCUCGCCCGAGGCCCAGGUCACCAGGAUGCUGUUCGCGGUCUCCGUCGUGUUUUUCGUCCUGCACACCCCGAGCCACGCCAUCCGCAUCAAGGAGAUGAUCAUAUACAUGUCGUACAGCAAGAUGCCCACAUAUCAGGACCAAAUCAUGCAGCGCAUCUUCGAGCUCAUAUACUAUUUGGAUUUCUGUGUCAGUUUAGUAGUGUAUUUGAUAUUCGGCAGGAACUUCAGGAAGGUCUUCGUGAAGCAGUAUUUUCAACGCUGCAGAGGAAAAAGCCAGUCGAUGCCCUUCGUUCAGAACUGCAGCAGCUCUUGUGCUGAUUCUGAAAUCUUCACGAAGAAAGCCAGACAAUGA